GAGAGGAAGGCGGGGUCACAGAGAGCAGGAGGUGGAGCCUAAGGCUUAGAACAGGCAUGAACGUCAUGUCCGCUGGGCGGGGCUUUGCGAUCCCGCGCAAAUUGAAAGGUCCAAGGCUGCGCCUGCAGCUGCAGCGGCUUGCUAGUGUUCUGCGCCCCAGGUUUGAGGAACCACAGCGCCUGGAAUGGGCUUGCGGGCCAUGUCUCUUCAUUCCCGGGAGACAGUACUACUGUAAAGCUGCUGCUGCUGUUACCUUGGGUGCCACCGGCGAUCUCCUGGGGUUGAUGUGCCAUAUGGCGCUCAGCCACUCCUGUGCUAAAGAGCAAAUACUUACUCGAGAUUUACUUGGCCUAGAAGAAACUUACCGAAGUUUCACUAAAUUUAACUUAGCACGAUGGGGAUCCAAGGAUUACUUCAGUUCAUCAAAGAAGCUUCUGAACCCGUCAACGUGAAGAAGUACAAAGGGCAGGCGGUGGCUGUGGAUACCUAUUGUUGGCUUCACAAAGGAGCUAUCGCCUGUGCAGAAAAGCUAGCCAAAGGGGAACCUACAGAUAGGUAUGUAGGAUUUUGUAUGAAGUUAGUUAACAUGCUGCUGGCCUACGGGGUCAAGCCUAUUCUUAUAUUUGAUGGAUGCACUUUACCUUCUAAAAAGGAAGUAGAGCGAUCUCGAAGAGAGAGAAGACAAAGCAACCUUCUGAAAGGGAAGCAGCUUCUUCGAGAGGGGAAAGUGUCAGAAGCCCGGGAGUGCUUCACUCGCUCUGUCAACAUUACACACGCCAUGGCCCACAAAGUCAUAAAAGCUGCUCGGGCCCUGGGAGUGGACUGCCUCGUGGCUCCAUAUGAAGCCGAUGCUCAAUUGGCCUACCUUAACAAAGCUGGUGUCGUGCAAGCCGUCAUCACGGAGGACUCUGACCUCCUCGCCUUUGGCUGUAAGAAGGUGAUUUUAAAAAUGGAUCAGUUUGGAAACGGGCUGGAAGUGGAUCAGGCACGGCUGGGAAUGUGCAAGCAACUUGGGGAUGUGUUCACGGAGGAGAAGUUCCGGUACAUGUGCAUCCUGUCAGGCUGUGACUACCUCGCCUCCCUGCGUGGGAUUGGCUUGGCGAAGGCCUGCAAAGUCCUGAGACUGGCCAACAACCCGGAUAUCGUGAAGGUUAUCAAGAAAAUUGGACAUUAUCUCAAGAUGAACAUAACGGUGCCAGAGGAUUACGUCACAGGAUUUAUUCGAGCCAACAAUACUUUCCUCUACCAGCUCGUGUUCGACCCCAUCCAAAGGAAGCUGGUCCCUCUGAAUGCCUACAGAGAUGACGUCAAUCCUGAAACACUGACUUAUGCUGGGCGGUAUGUUGAUGAUUCUCUGGCUCUUCAAAUAGCCCUUGGAAAUAGAGAUAUAAAUACUUUCGAGCAGAUUGAUGACUACAGUCCAGACACCACGCCGGCCCACACACGAAGUCACAGCUGGAAUGACAAGGCACAUCAGAAGUCACCUGUUGCCAGUAGCAUUUGGCACAGGAAUUACUGUCCUAGACCUGAGGUGAAUGCUGUUUCCCAUGCUCCUCAACUGAAGAAAAAUCCAAGUCCUGUGGGCCUUAAACAAGUGGUUAGCAGUAAAGGGUUAAAUCUUCCCAGGAAGUGUGCCGUGGUGAAGAGACCAAGGAAUGAAACGCUGUCCGAAGAUGACCUGUUGAGUCAGUAUUCUUCCUUCACAAAGAAGGCCAAGCAAACUAGCUGCAGGGAUGGCACAUGGUCUAACUCUUCUGAAAUGCCUGCACCCAACCCAGAUGGUGGGACUGCUCACAAGACAGAUAGGCACACCCCAUCCAGGACAAGGAAUAAAUUCGCAACAUUUUUACAGAGGAAGAAUGAAGAACGUAGCGCAGUUGUAGUUCCAGGGACCAGAAGCAGAUUUUUUUGCAGUUCUCCAGAUUUGGAUGACUUUGUACUAAAAAAAGGAAGCAGUCAGUCUCCAAAUGAAGCUGUUGUCACAGACAAAGCCACCACCAGCCCUGGGGCACCAGACUGCCCAGACACGGAAGGCCAGAAGCCAGCCCCAGCUGGCACAAGUGGGACACAAAGUCUAAGUUCUCAGCUUCCAGGCAAUGCCUCUGUGUCUCCUGAUGACAAGACUCAGUCUUGUGAGACCAGCGAAUUCAUGGGGACCGUGUGCCCGUCCACUCUGACGACACUAAGAAGUUGUUUCAGUUGGUCUGGAACUCUCAGUGAUUUUUCAAGAACUCCAAGUCCCUCCGCCAGCUCUGCAUUGCAGCAGUUCCGAAGGAAGAGCGAGCCCCCAACCUGUCUUCCCGAGAGCUGUGUCGUGACUGACACGUGUCAUCCAAAGAGUGAGGUGCCAGGUGAUCAGACUCAGCCUUUGCAUGAAGCAGACUGGCCCUCAUGGUCUCAGGAAAGCAUAGACUCACCACGCAGUUUAAAUUUCUCGGCCCUUUCCCAGCCUUCCAUAGAGGAUUUGGAUUCAGAGGAAUCGGACUGUAACGAUAAGUCACUUGAUAACCAAGAAGAUCAGAACUCCAAGCAGCAGUUACCUCUCUCUUCAAAGAAAGACAUGCUUGUAAGGAACAAGAUUCCUGGUCUGUGUAGAUCUAGUUCUACGGACUCUCUCUCUACCACUAAGAUCAAGCCCCUGGUGCCUGCCAGGGUCAGUGGCCUGAGCAAGAAGCUGGGAAGCAUCCUGAAAAGAAAACACCAUGAUGCUGAGAACAAGCCGGGGCUGCAGAUAAAGAUCAGCGAGCUCUGGAAAAACUUCGGCUUUAAGAAAGAUUCUGAAAAGCUUGCUUCUAGUAAGAAGCCCUUGUCUCCAGUCAAAGACAACAUCCAACUCACUCCAGAGACGGAAGAUGAGAUCUUUAACAAGCCUGAGUGUGUGCAUGCUCAGAGAGCAAUAUUCCACUAGGUGCAGGCCGCUGCCUCAGGAGACUCUUAUCAAGAGAUUCACUAUUAUCAGUGCUGUUUUUUAAGAUGGAAUACAUUUUGUAUAUUAACUCUGUGACUUUCUUUUGCUUGGCUUUUUAUAUUUUCAUAGAAAGCUAAAUAGAAGAAUAAAUCUAUC